AUGGCCCUUUUCUCUUCCAAGUCCACCUGCUCAGUGAUCAUCGCCAUAUCUAUUAUAUCUUUGGCCUCCAUUUGCGUCUACCGCAUCCAGAAGACGGCAACUGGGAACAUAGUCCAAUUGGCAACAAAUAUCCAAUCUCGCCAUCCUAGACUUAUACCCAGCCUUGAAGACUACCAGGAUGACAUCUUCCACCUACAGGGCGUGGAAAACCCCAGCAAGUUGGCAACUCCUGCUUCUACCCCCACACCUUUCACUCAGACCAUAACUGAGCAGAACAACAUCAAAGCAACAUGGUCCCCAGUGAUUGGUGUAGCCGAGCUUACAAAAACCUCGUCUGCAAUACAUACCACCAAACCCCGUCAUAAAGAAUCUGAGAUGCUUGCAUCCACUCAGGUCAGAUCUGGGUGGGUUACAAGGAAAAAGCUCCAAGCCUCCGACUUGCCUUUGAUUCCCGGUAAUAUUCCCAAUGGAUUUGACCAUCCAUUCCACAACAUGAUCGAUAGCUUUGACGAAAAGGGACUCAAUGAUGAAGCCGAGUAA